CUUGUUCUUCUCUUCUCGUCCUCUUUCCUUGCGUUGUGGUGAAGCUUUGGUUGUAAGGUUUAAAGCCACAGCCAUACCACCAUGGCUCCCAAACACAACAACAUGAUACAUAAUAACCACUUCCACAAGCAGUGGCAGAACUAUGUAAGGACAUGGUUUGAUCAGCCUGGACGUAAGAAGCGUAAGCGUUCUCCCAAAUUUCAGCCUGCUGAGCUGGCCAAUGCAGUACAACUCCAGGGUGCAGUUAUGCCCAUCCAACAGUCGCGUCUACCCAUCAAGGCUCGCAAGAUCACUGAUGAGGAAAAGAAUACUAGUGUAUUCCGUAGCAUGCGUAUUGCACGUGCUAAUGCCAGGUUGAUUGGCAUCCGAGAGAAGAGGGCCAGGGAGAAGGCUGAGCAAGAUGCUCUUAAGAAAAAAUAAUCUGUGAAUAAAUGUUGAAAUUCAUUUGUUGCA